AAGCCACCACGUUGAACAAAAACACCUUGGCUGCGUGCACGGAGAAUCUGCGCAGAAUGAUCUCCGGGAACGCAGCCCUGUUUAACGUGCUUAUCUCGGGUUGACAUGAUAAGAGACAGGCUGCUCAACAGCUUUCUUCAGCAUUGCGAGUCGGUUACUAGGAGACACGCCUCUGUAAAGUAGGUGGGAUUGCGCUUCUCAGGGGUGGUGGAAACAGGUUUCAGUCUUUGGGACAGACAGGUGAGGUCAAAGUCACGCUGAAACAGGAGCUUCGGUGUUUCUCUCUGCUUUUCUUUUCUUUUUAAAUGGGAAAGAAGGAGAGACAGGACCCGACUAGCCCGUUGUCAUGCUGCGCAGAGGCUCUAUCCGCACCCUCCCAGUGCUGGCCACUGUUUUCGUGAAGACCGAAGACAGGAAGAGGACGUUUGAUAAACAGAACUUACCGGCAACAACGAGGAAAGAAGUUGAUCCUUACAGGAACCUUUCUGUGAAAAUCAUAGAAGCCAAAAACAUUCCCAAGAAGGAUCUGUUUUCUCAGUCAGACUGCUACGUGGCUCUCAGACUCCCCACGGCAUCGUCGAAGACUCACCGCACCCGAACCGUGUGGGACUCUAGCUCCCCCGUGUGGAACGAGACCUUCCACUACAGGAUACACAGCCACGUGAAGAAUGUUCUGGAGCUGAGUGUGCUUGACCAGGACCUGCUCUCCAGAGACGACCUCUGCAUCAACGUGUUCUAUGACCUCGAUAACCUUUCACCCGGGGAGGUGGUGCGGCACGUCUUCACACUGAACCCUGAGACGAAGGAGGAGCUGCAUGUGGAGUUCACAGUGGAGGAGAGCAAGGAGCCUCCUGGAGAAAUUCAGACAAAUGGUGUGCUGGUGGCCAGCCAUCUUUCCCUUCUGGAGGUCCAGGUGGAGAACAGUACAGAGGCAAAGGCUCUCGCUAGAGAGGAUGAAGGCCUCGCCCUGCAGGUGACAGGAGCCUAUGAGAAGGAGCAGACUGUGUUUGGCCUGCCCCCCUACCCCGCCCCUAUGCAACCUCUGACCUUCCACCUCAACCUGGACCUGGAGGCUGAGAUCAGCGCAAGGCUGACCUCAGACAGCAAGAGUGAGGACCCUGCAGAAGAGGAAGAGGCGGGGCACACCCCCGAUACAGCGUCUGUGACGCUGACAUCACUUCCUGUUGGACAAGAAGUCUUGCUGUCAGUCCCUGUUAGAAAGGAUAAAGAUAUUGAACUUAAGCUGAAGGCUGCAGACAGCGCGGAGAAGCUGGACCUGCGGCUGGGAUUUGAUCUCUCUGAGAUGGAGCUGCAGUGUGUGGAGAGGAGGAAGCUGCGGGUGUGUCAGGCCCUGCAGAGAGUCCUGCACCUGAGCCAAGCGCCGCACCCCGAGGAGGUACCCGUGGUGGCAGUGGUGGGAUCAGGGGGAGGGGUCCGAGCGAUGACUUCUCUGCUGGGCUCCCUGCUGGGUCUGCAGAGGCUGGACCUGCUGGACACAGUGACCUACAUCGCGGGGGUCUCGGGGUCAACAUGGGCCAUGUCCAGCCUCUACACAGACCCAGACUGGUCCCAUCAUGACCUGCAGGGCCCGAUCGGGAGAGCCCAGGCCGCAGUCAGUAAGAGCCAGCUGGGCGUGCUGUCGGCGGAGCAGCUGCGGUAUUACUAUGGGGAGCUAAAGAAGAGGGCAGGUGAGGGGCAGGCAGUCAGCUUCCUGGACCUGUGGGGGCUGAUCAUCGAGUACCUGAUCCAUGGAGAGAGGGACCCAGCCACCCUGUCUGACCAGCAGAGGGCAGUAGCAGAGGGUCAGAACCCCUUUCCCAUUUACACAGCCGUCAACCUGAAGGAGGGGAUCGCGGGGAGUAUGGCGGGUAACAGCACAGGCAUGACACACUGGAGAGCAGCUUGCAUUGCAAAUACUGGGGCACCGUGCUGGGGGACAGCUUGCAUUACAAAUACUGGGGCACCACGCUGGAGAGCAGCUUGCAUUGCAAAUACUGGGGCACAGCGCUGGAGAGCAGCUUGCAUUGCAUCUUAUUCCCAUCCCUGCGUGUCAGAGAUAUUGGAGCAGAUCGCUGACACCGCCUCCCUCCUGUGUCUCUGCUGUGUUUCUGCAGGGCUGUGGAGCAACUUGUUCUCCAUUAACCUGACCCAAGGCUGGACCUCACUGUCUGGCUCUUUUCCAAACUGGAUCCAGUUGCUCAGAGAGGCCGUGCGCAGUAAGGACGAGGGCGCUGUGGCGGGGAAGCCAGCCGCGCUGGACACCUUCUUUGUGAUUCCAGUCAAUGCGGUUACCCAGCUGCUGGAGGAGAUGCUGAGUGACCGGCCCAUCAUCGGCCAGAGCUACAACUUCAUGAGAGGGCUGAGCCUCCAUCGAGACUACAGCCAGAGCCACGGCUUCACUGCAUGGAAAGGUAACGCAGGGAGUGAGAGAGGGGGGAGCAGGGGGAGCAGAAGAGAGGGGCUGAGCCUGCAUCGAGACUACAGCCAGAGCCACGGCUUCACUGCAUGGAAAGGUAACGCAGGGAGUGAGAGAGGGGGGAGCAGGGGGAGCAGAAGAGAGGGGCUGAGCCUGCAUCGAGACUACAGCCAGAGCCACGGCUUCACUGCAUGGAAAGGUAACGCAGGGAGUGAGAGAGGGGGGAGCAGGGGGAGCAGAAGAGAGGGGCUGAGCCUGCAUCGAGACUACAGCCAGAGCCACGGCUUCACUGCAUGGAAAGGUAACGCAGGGAGUGAGAGAGGGGGGAGCAGGGGGAGCAGAAGAGAGGGGCUGAGCCUGCAUCGAGACUACAGCCAGAGCCACGGCUUCACUGCAUGGAAAGGUAAUGCAGGGAGUGAGAGAGGGGGGAGCAGGGGGAGCAGAAGAGAGGGGCUGAGCCUGCAUCGAGACUACAGCCAGAGCCACGGCUUCACUGCAUGGAAAGGUAACGCAGGGAGUGAGAGAGGGGGGAGCAGGGGGAGCAGAAGAGAGGGGCUGAGCCUGCAUCGAGACUACAGCCAGAGCCACGGCUUCACUGCAUGGAAAGGUAACGCAGGGAGUGAGAGAGGGGGGAGCAGGGGGAGCAGAAGAGAGGGGCUGAGCCUGCAUCAAGACUACAGCCAGAGCCACGGCCUCACUGCAUGGAAAGGUAACACAGGGAGUGAGAGAGGGGGGAGCAGGGGGAGCAGAAGAGAGGGGCUGAGCCUGCAUCGAGACUACAGCCAGAGCCACGGCUUCACUGCAUGGAAAGGAACCCAUCUGGAUGCCUUCCCGAAUCAGCUGACUCCUGCUGACCCCCAGCUACACUUGGCGGAUUCGGGGUUCUCCAUCAACACGGGGACCCCGCCCCUGCUGAGACCCGAGAGGGGCGUUGACGUGUUGCUGUCAUUCAACUUCACCUGGGGGGACCAGUUCAAGGCUCUGAAGCUGACAGAGCAAUACUGUGCUGAUCACUGCCUGCCCUUCCCCCGCAUCGAUCUGAGCUCCAUCGAGGGGCGCCCCCUGCAGGAGUGCUACGUCUUCACAGACGAGGGGGACCCCCGCGCCCCGAUAGUGCUGCAUUUCCCUUUGGUCAACUACUCCUUCAGAGAGAACAGCGCCCCAGGAGUGCAGCGUGUGGGGGAGGCAGAGCUGAGCGAGGCCCGGUUCAAGGUUCUGACUCCGGACUCGGAUUACCGCACCUUCGAUGUGAGCUACACCCCGGCGCAGCACCGCCGCCUGGUGGAGCUGACCUGCUACAACGUGCUCAAUAACAGCCAGGCCCUGCAGGGGGCGCUGCGCCAGGCUCUGGACAGGAAGAGGGAGGCACGGCACGCACAGGAAGUGACACGGCACCAUGCGGCAGUGUAGCAGGAUACACCCCAGGGUUAGAUCAGGGACUGGGGUCUUACAGCUUGACAUCACGCUGAUCUGGGCGCUGUCUGGACCCAGUGCUGGUGAAACUGCUUCAGGGCAAAGGGGUGGGGGGUUUCACGAGGAGAAAAACAUGAUUGUUAAAACCAGUAACAAACGACUCUUAAAAAUUCACCAAAAAAGGGAUGACGUGACCAUUGGACUGGUGAGGACUGAGAGACUGUGAACACACAACAAUAAAGAAGAUCAGGAACUGGGUGUGAUUUACUACAGUCUUUAUUGUAGCGAACCCUAAACAAACAACUUUACAGUAAUAUGAGUGAAGGGCUUGAACGCUCUCCCACACGUGAAUGUGUCCUUCAGUAACUAUAGGGAGAAAAUGCUUCUAGUUUAAAAACAAGACACCCCUCACCCCACUUCUUAUUCAAGUCUUUCUUUUCUGUAUCACUUACGCUGUCAAUAAAAUGAUGCAAACCCUUUCACUGAAACUCACAACCACUGCGCUCAAGAGGAUGUGAAAGAACACGCAGGCGUGCCUCACGCUGCACAGGGACUUCGACUGCUGAACUGUGUUGCUUAGCAUAUUGAAUUACACACCUUGUUUUCCAGAUACUUAACGAAAUCUAACUUGAAAUACUGUGUUACUGUUAUGGCUUUCAUUUUGUAGUUUGUUUGAUUACACAAUGUUAAAUAAGAUAUAAAUGAUGUUCCUAUAGCUAUUAUUGUUAUGAUGAUGAUGAUGAUGAUGAUGAUGAUGAUGAUGAUGAUGAUGAUGAUGAUGAUGUCUCAAUCCUAGGUGAUG